CGAAGAACAGAGAUCUGUGGAGGGUAGUAUGGCGGAGAGGGCGGAGGGUCAGCCGCAAUCACCACAAUCUGCGACGGAGGACAUGAUCGCCUGUGUGGGGGCGCUUGAGGCUGCUCUGCUUCCAUGCUUACCGGCCAGAGAGCUCCAGGCUAUAGACCGUUCUCCCCACCCUUCUCAUCAAAUUGAUGUGGAAAGGCAUGCCAGAGAUUUUAUGGAAGCUGCCAAAAAGCUCCAACUAUUCUUCAUUGGCCUGCAACGUGAGGAUCAGCCAACCAGGGCAGAAAUACUUGGAAAAGAGAUUGCUGCAAUGGAGGAAGAAUUGAAAGCAAAAAAUGAGAUUAUCAACAAGCAGCAGAGACUGAUCCAAGGAUGGCAAGAGGAGUUGAAAGAUCAACUGGAAAAGCACAAUACUGAACUGGAGAGGGUGUAGUUGGUUAGCAAUAGGCUUUUAGCCAUCCAAAUUGUUCAUUUCUUUGUAACCAUUCCAUCGAGAAUCUUGCUUAACCCCCGAAGUUGUUAUUCAGAAUACUGGCCGAUGGCAUUACUCUUGUUUUCCUGUCGUUUAACUGCUUGUAAUGUAUAGCAAGUGCUGUUAGAUAAGUUUAUGCUCAACAGUCAACAGUAACACACAGCUAGGGAAGAAUGCUGCAUAAUUU